CUCCUCCUCCUCCUCCUCCUCCAUCAUCUCUCCGUCCGGCUGCUGUCGGCUCGUCGGCGUCAUCAGGAUGGGAGAUAAAGGAACCAGAGUGUUUAAGAAAGCCAGUCCCAAUGGAAAGCUCACCGUCUAUCUCGGGAAGAGAGACUUUGUGGACCACGUGGACUUGGUGGAGCCUGUCGACGGCGUAGUUCUGAUCGACCCGGAGUACCUGAAGGAGAGGAAAGUGUUUGUGACUCUGACCUGUGCGUUCCGUUAUGGUCGUGAGGACCUGGACGUCCUCGGGCUGACCUUUCGGAAAGAUCUGUUUGUGGCGAACGUGCAGGCGUUUCCUCCGCUGCCCGAAGAGAAGAAGAGUCUGACUCGUCUUCAGGAACGCCUGAUUAAAAAACUGGGAGAACACGCCCACCCUUUCACCUUUGAGAUUCCUCUGAACCUGCCGUGCUCUGUCACCCUGCAGCCGGGCCCCGAGGACACUGGGAAGGCCUGCGGAGUCGACUUCGAGGUGAAAGCUUUCUGCGCAGAGAACGUCGAAGAAAAGAUCCACAAAAGGAACUCGGUGCGUCUCGUGAUCCGGAAGGUGCAGUAUGCUCCAGAGAAACCAGGUCCUCAGCCAACUGCAGAAACCACCAGACAGUUUCUAAUGUCAGACAAACCGCUGCACCUGGAGGCCUCACUGGACAAAGAGAUUUAUUACCACGGGGAACCGAUCAGCGUCAACGUCCAUGUCACCAACAACACCAACAAGACUGUGAAGAAGAUGAAGAUCUCCGUGCGGCAGUAUGCAGACAUCUGCCUCUUCAACACCGCGCAGUACAAAUGUCCCGUGGCCACCGAGGAGUCCGACGAUGUCGUCGCUCCCAGUUCGACUUUCUGCAAAGUUUUCACUCUUACUCCGUUUCUGGCCAACAACCGGGAGAAACGAGGCCUCGCUCUCGAUGGGAAACUGAAGCACGAGGACACGAACCUGGCCUCCAGCACACUGUUAAGAGAAGGAGCCAAUAAGGAGAUCCUGGGCAUCAUCGUGUCGUACAAAGUCAAAGUGAAGCUGGUGGUGUCUCGAGGCGGGCUCCUGGGAGAUCUGGCGUCAAGCGACGUCUCUGUGGAGCUGCCGUUCACGUUAAUGCACCCGAAGCCGCUAGAAGAAUCCAUCUACAGAGACGCUCCAGAUGAAGCUCCGAUCGACACAAACCUGAUCGAGUUUGACACAAAUGACGAUGAUAUUAUCUUUGAAGAUUUCGCCCGCCAGCGGCUGAUUGAAGGAGCGAAAGACGACAAGGAUGAAGACGAGGAGCCAGUGGACUCGCCCAAACUGGACGACAGAUAAAGGCUCUGAGCGCCGCCGCCACCACCGCUGCUGUUCUUGUCUCGCUGCUGUUUGUAGUGUGGAGCUGAUGGAGGUCACCUUUAGGUCAAACCACAGUCUGGACACCCGUUAAACACUCGGUGGUGCCGUGUUUGUGUUCUCGUUCAUGUUCGUCCUCUCUGCGUCCUGCCGGGGUGUAAAAAGCUAGAAUACCGCAGCCUAGACGUCAGUCGUGUUUUUAGACGGAGCAGCUCUCCACUCCUUCGCCGGCUGCCGGAGACUUGAACCGGCGACCGCGAUGCCGUAACGACGGCUGGUAGCAUGCCUCUAAUGUCACUUUGUUCUACGUGUUUCCAUUAGGGACCGAACAGGAGUAACGUUGUGUUGAGAUUAGUUUCGAUGUGUCGUAUCAGAGGGUCUUCAUAAACAACAACACUGCCAACUUGUGGAACAGUUCGCCGCUCGACGCGGACACCAGCUGACCGAGGUCUUUACUAACCGUCAGCGUGCGCGAAGACGAAGCUGCAGAACCAGAAGAAGAAGAAGUCAUCUGCAGGAGAGAGCCACCAAUCAGCUGAGAGGAACUGGUGGAUGAUUUUGCAUGAAAUACAUACUUUAUAUGAUUUAUUAAUAUCAUGAAUAAUCAACCGUUAUAGAGGAUGGCCCUGAUUUUAGAGGCAGCAUAAAGUGUUUGUUUUCUUGUUGAUCAAUUUUCCAAAUGUUCAUCAGUAUUUAGAUCAGCUGCUGGUUUCACUGCACUUCUAUAAAACCUACGUUCAGAGAGACGAAAAAGUUUAAUCUUGAUACUUUUCUUUUAUGAUUUUAAUUAAUCUGCAUUUUAUUUAGAGAGCAGAACAGCUGCUUGUGUAUACAACUUUUACAACUGUAACUGUAGAAAAAUGUCAGUAUUUAUCAAUAUAAAGAAAAGUAUUUGGAUCAGAACUGACAUUCUGCGUGUCAAACAUUAUUGAAAUUAUUGUUCAAUCACAGAAUUUGUUUUGUUUCAAAUGUUUCUUCAGUUUCACAGCAAUUCUUCAACAUUGGGCCACUUCUAUCACAACAUAAUGAUCAAUUAACUUCAAAGGAAGGAUUUAAUAUCUCUCUUACAGAAAUAAAGUCAAACCAACAACUGCAUCGAAGGAAUUACAUCUUUUUAAAAAAAAAGGUUUAUAAAAUGAUCAGCUGAUAUGACGUUAACAGGAAGUGUUUAUGUGCAAAAAACACCAAUAUGGUCCUUUAAUGAACAUAUUCAUGUGAAGUUCAGGAGACCUUAUACAGUGUGUAAUAACAGAACUUUUAUGUUGAAAAGAAAACAAAUUUUUAGUUCAAACAUACAAAGUAAAACGCAACUGAAACGUGUGUGUGUGUGUGUGUGUGUGUGUGUGUGUGUGUGUGCGAGCUAGCAAGCGACAGGCUGAAUGAACUGCGACAUCAGAACAUAAAACACCUAAAACAUCCUUAUUAUUUCAUUAUUUGAAUUGACUUUUUUUGUUGUUGACAGGGCCAAGAGGAAACUGUACAAUUCACUGCAUCUUUAAUAAAAAAGGACGUUUGUGG